AUGGCCACCCCACAGUGGACAAAAAUGGGUGUGAGCAGGGCCCAGGGACACAGUGACGUGUCUCGCAAGCAUCCCCCCUGGAAGGAGCAGGCUCCCUGGCUCUCUGCCCUGGUGAAUGCUGUGGCUGUGCCAGCCAAGGGGCUGCCUGGGGGGGCAGGGGCUGCCUGGAACCCCCCUCGCUGCGGGGUGCCCGACCUGCCGCCGCUGCCGGGCCGGAACCGCCAGAAACGCUUCGUGCUCUCGGGGGGCCGCUGGGACAAGACCAACCUCACCUACAGAAUUAUCAGGUUCCCAUGGCAACUUGUAAAAGCUAAAGUGAGGAGGACCAUUGAGGAGGCUUUGAAAGUGUGGAGCGAUGUGACCCCGCUGACCUUCACGGAGGUGCAGGAGGGCCGGGCUGACAUCGUCAUCGACUUCACCAGGUACUGGCAUGGAGACAACUUGCCUUUCGACGGGCCCGGCGGGAUCCUGGCGCACGCGUUCUUCCCCAAAACCCACCGGGAAGGAGACGUGCACUUUGACUACGACGAGACCUGGACCAUUGGGAACAGCCUGGGCACUGACCUUCUGCAAGUGGCUGCUCAUGAGUUUGGCCACGUGCUGGGCCUGCAGCACACAGCUGUCUCCAAGUCCCUGAUGUCUCCUUUCUACAUCUUCCGCUACCCCCUCAGCCUGAGCGAGGACGACAAGCAAGGGAUCCAGCACCUAUAUGGGAAACCCUCACCAGAGCCUGAGCCAACCCCAACCCCAACCCCAACUCAGCCAGCAGAGCCGCCCCAGCCAGGCCUGGAAACCAAUGAGAUCACCAACGUGGAGGCUGGGCAGCCCGACGCCUGCCACACAGCCUUCGAUGCUGCAGCCACCAUCCGGGGGGAGCUGUUCUUCUUCAGGUCCCGCUACGUGUGGCGGCUGCGGGCGGGGAAGCUGCAGGACGGGUACCCGGCCCUGGCCUCUCGCCACUGGCAGGGGGCCUCUCGCCACUGGCAGGGCAUCCCCAGCUCUGUCGAUGCCACCUUUGAGGACCCUCUGGGCAACAUCUGGUUUUUCCAAGAUUCUCAAUACUGGAUUUAUGAUGGUGAGAGACGGGUAUCUGGUCCCACGCCGAUCGUGGAGCUGGGGCUCCCUGCAUCCCCCGUGCAGGCAGCUCUGGUGUGGGGGGCUGAGAAGAACAAGAUCUACAUCUUCAGUGGAGGCAACUACUGGCGCUUCAGCCCCCACAGGCGCCAGGUGGACAACAUCUACCCCCGGGCCAUGGCUGACUGGCGCGGCGUCCCGCCCGAGAUCGACGCUGCCUUCCAGGAUGAGUUUGGUUUUGCCUAUUUCCUGAGAGGCCGAGAUUAUUGGAAGUUUGAUCCAGUGCAGGUGAAAGUGCUGGAGGGCUACCCACGCCAGAUCAGCCAGGACUUCUUCAGCUGCACGCCCUCCUCCAACUCCUUCAGAUGAGGGGGCGCCUGUGUCCUGCACGCUCCUCUAUCUUCUCCCUUUACCUCCAGCAGCCACGCAGAGGGCUCUCUCUGCCAUUGCUGGCUUCCUUCCAGGCUCAGCAUCUGACUCACCAGGUGUCUGUCACAAGUGACAAAGUUUGCCCCUCUCCAGUUCCAGCAGCCCCAGCUUCAGUUGCUAUCAAUGUAAAAGCAGCUGCCGUGUUCUGUACAGCAAGGGCAGCCACUCUCGUCUAGCAAUAGCAUCCCACAAAGCCAUCAGGCCGUGGAAUGGGAUCGUGCUCUCGUAACUAAUCUGAACCCUAUCCGGUAGAACGGAUCCAACGGCAUUUCCU